AUGGGUUAUCCACCUGAUUUCAGCCAUGAGCCAUUACCACAUGACAAUAAGGAAGUGGAGAGUUUGGACAGUGAGGAUACAUUAAAGAUCACACACAACCUUCUGGACAGAAGAAGUCAAACUCUGCUGACAGUCCAACAAGACAUUAAGGCUAAACUGAAACAUAAGUAUCAACACAUAUCUGAAGGAAUUGGACACCAUGGAAACCAAAGUCUGUUAAAUGACAUUUACACAGAGCUCUACAUCACAGAGGGUGGAAGUGGAGGGCUCAAUAAUGAACAUGAGGUGAGACAGAUAGAGAUGGCAUCCAAGAAACAAACCACACAAGAGACACCAAUCAAAUGCAACGACAUCUUCCAGAAUAAAAAAAAGAUAUUCAGGAAACCGUCUAAACCAUUAGGCAGAAUUUCUUCUUCAUCUGAGAGUGACACUGAAUCUUCCCUUAACGGAGAGUCAGACAACCAUAUCAAGAGGAUAGGUUUUACAAACCUGACAAAAGGAAUCGCUGGCAUUGGAAAAACAGUCUCUGUGCAGAAGUUCCUCCUUGACUGGGCAGAGGGAAAAGCAAAUCAGGACGUUCAUUUCAUGUUUCCUCUUCCUUUCCGUGAUCUGAACCUGAAAAAGGACCAAUACAGUCUGAUGCAACUUCUUUCCCACUACUUCUCAGAGCUGAAAGAGAUUGACAGCAUUGAAGAUGGUGAAACCAAAACUGUUUUCAUUUUGGAUGGUCUGGAUGAGUGUCGACUUCCUCUAGACUUCAAAAACAAGGAGAAGUGCUGUGAUGUCACGAAGCCAACCUCAGUGGACGUGCUGCUGACAAACCUCAUCAAGGGGAAUCUGCUUCCCUCUGCUCAUCUCUGGAUAACCACACGGCCUGCAGCAGCCAAUCAGAUCCCUCCUGAGUGUGUUGACCAGGUGACAGAGGUACGAGGGUUCAAUGAUCCACAGAAGGAGGAGUACUUCAGGAAGAAAAUCACAGAUCAGAAUUUGGCCAAUGAAAUCAUCAAACACGUGAAGAUAUCAAGGAGCCUCCACAUCAUGUGCCACAUACCAGUCUUCUGUUGGAUAUCAGCCACUGUCCUUGAGAUGAUGCUGAAAGAGGCAGAGAAGGAUGAAGUCCCCAAAACUCUGACCCAGAUGUACUCACACUUCAUUCUCAUCCAAAUCAUUGUGAAGAACAGGAAGUACAACAAAGCCCCAGAGACAAACCCAAAGGAACUGUCUCAGUCAGACAAAGAGAUGAUCCUGAAACUGGCAAAGCUGGCUUUCCAACAGCUGCAGAAGGGCAACCUGAUCUUCUAUGAGGAGGACCUGAGAGAGUGUGGCCUUGAUGUCACAGAGGCAUCAGAGUACUCAGCGUUGUGUACAGAGAUCUUUAAAGAAGAAUCUGGGCUGUACCAAGACAAGGUCUACAGCUUUGUGCAUCUGAGCAUUCAGGAGUUUCUAGCAGCAGUGCAUGCUUUAGAAUCAUGUCUGGACAAGAAGGAAAAUGUUUUCUCCUCCAAAGCAGAGUCAUUCAAAUUGUCUGACUUACACAGGACAGCAGUGGUCCAGGCCUUGAAGAGUGAGAAUGGAAACCUGGACCUGUUCCUCCGCUUCCUUCUGGGUCUCUCACUGGAGUCCAAUCAGAAUCUGUUACGAGGCCUUCUGACACAGACAGGAAGUACAACACAGACCAAUGAGGAAACAGUUAAGAGAACAGUCAGGUACCUUUCAGACAAGAUCAAAAGGGAAUCCUCACCAGAAAGGAUCAUCAACCUGUUCCAUUGUCUGAAUGAACUUGGUUCCAACUCUCUAGUUGAAGACAUGCAGACCUCCCUGCGAUCAGGAACUCUUUCAGAAACAAGACUAAAACCUGACCAAUGUUCAGCCCUGGCCUACCUGUUACUGAUGUCAGAGGAGGUGCUGGAGGAGUUUGACCUGAAGACAUACAACACAUCAGAGAAAGGUUAUCAGAGGUUGCUGCCGGUAGUGAAAACCUGCAAGAGAGCACUACUGGAUGGCUGUAAAGUCACAUAUAAAUCCUGUGAGACUCUGGCCUCAGCUCUGCAGACACCAAACUCCCCCCUGAGAGAACUGGACCUCAGCUACAAUGACCUGGGAGACAGAGGAGUGGAGCUGCUCUGUGUUGGACUAGCCAGUUCACUCUGCAACAUACAGACACUAGUUCUGGGUCAGUGUGGUCUGACAGAGGGUUGCUGUUCAGAUCUGGCCUCAGUCCUGAGUUCACCCAACUCACAACUGAACCAACUGGAGCUGAGAAACAAUGACCUGCAGGACUCAGGAGUUACACUGCUGUCUGCUGGACUGGAGGAUCCAGACUGUAAACUACACACACUAAGGCUGUCUGGCUGUCUGGUCACAGAGGAGGGCUGUGCUGCUCUGUCUUCAGCUCUGAGGUCAAACCCCUCCCACCUGAAAGAGCUGGACCUGAGCUACAAUCACCCAGGAGACUCUGCAGGGGGACUGCUUUCAGCUGCUCUGGUGGAUCCCACAUAUAAACUGAUGAAGCUGAAUGGUGGAGAGUGCAGGCUGAAAUCAGGGCCGACAAAAUAUGCCUGUCAUCUCACCCUGGACCCAAAUACAGCAAACCCAAACCUGGUACUGUCUGAGGGGAACAGGAAGGUGACAUUGGUGGAAGAGAAGCAGCAUUAUGAAGACCAUCCAGACAGAUUUGACUAUCUUUACCAAAUUCUCUGCAAAGAAGGCUUAUCUGGAUCUCGUUAUUACUGGGAGGUGGAGAUGGAUGGUGACAUGGCUGACAUUGGUGUGGUGUACAAAGGACUGAUGAGGAAGGGAGGGGAGGUUGACAGUAGGAUUGGAGCCAAUAGGAAGUCCUGGUGUUUGUACUGCUCUGAUAGAGGUUAUUACUUUGACCAUGCUGGAGUCUGUAGGAGAUCCAUCCCUGGUCCUGUUUCUAACAGAGUUGGAGUGUAUCUGGACUGGCCAGCUGGUACUUUGACCUUCUAUAGUGUGUCCUCCUCUGGUACACUGACACACCUUUACACAGAACGCACCACAUUCACUGAACCCCUCUAUCCUGGGUUUGGGGUUUACUCCUCAGUGACUCUGUGUCAGAUAGAUGACCAACACAUUCAGAGGAGGAGCAGGAGGAGACAUAAUAGUGAAGAAGAAGAUGGUCACAGGACACAUAAACACAAGAAGAGCAAGAGAAGCAAAGGUCCUAGUGUAAGAAUGUUUAGAAGAUAAAUACACAACGCAUUGGAGGUGUGUUACUGUACUCUACAGUCUUCUAGAGGUCAAGAGGGAAUUAACGAUCAAUGGAAAUAGUUGUUUUUCUGUAAUAGGGACUUAAUGAUUAAUAGGUCAGAGACUUGUCAUGAAUUUCACUCCUUGGACUCAUAGCCACAGUUGAAGUCGGAAGUUUACAUACACUUAGGUUGGAGUCAUUAAAACUAGUUUUCAACCACUCCACAAAUUUCUUGUUAACAAACUAUAGUUUUGGCAAGUUGGUUAGGACAUCUACUUUGUGCAUGCAAAGUAAUUUUUCCAGCAGUUGUUUACAGACAGAUUAUUUCACUUAUAAUUCACUGUAUCACAAUUCCAGUGGGUCAGAAGUUUACAUACACUAAGUUGACUGUGCCUUUAAACAGCUUGGAAAAUUCCAGAAAAUUAUGUCAUGGCUUUAGAAGCUUCUGAUAGGCUAAUUUACAUCCUUUGAGUCAAUUGGAGGUGUACCUGUGGAUGUAUUUUAAGGCCUACCUUCAAACUCAGUUCCUCUUUGCUUGACAUCUUGGGAAAAUCAAAAGAAAUCAGCCAAGACCUCAGAAAAAAAAUGGUAGACCUCCACAAGUCUGGUUCAUCCUUGGGAGCAAUUUCCAAACACCUGAAGGUGCCACUUUCAUCUGUACAAACAAUAGUACACAAGUAUAAACACCAUGGGACCACGCAGCCGUCAUACCGCUCAGGAAGGAGACGCGUUCUGUCUCCUAGAGAUGAACGUACUUUGGUGCGAAAAGUGCAAAUCAAUCCCAGAACAACAGCAAAGAACCUUGUGAAGGUGCUGGAGGAAACAGGUACAAAGUAUCUAUAUCCACAGUAAAACGAGUCCUAUAUCCACAUAACCUGAAAGGCCGCUCAGCAAGGAAGAAGCCACUGCUCCAAAACCGCCAUAAAAAAGCCAGACUACAGUUUGCAACUGCACAUGGGGACAAAGAUUGUACUUUUUGGAGACAUGUCCUCUGGUCUGAUGAAACAUAAAUAGAACUGUUUGGCCAUAAUGAUCAUCGUUAUGUUUGGAGGAAAAAGGGGGAUGCUUGCAAGCCGAAAAUCACCAUCCCAACCGUGAAGCAUGGGGUGGGCAGCAUCAUGUUGUGGAGGUGCUUUGCUGCAGGAGGGACUGGUGCACUUCACAUAAUAGAUGACUACAUAAGCGAGGAAAAUUAUGUGGAUAUAUUGAAGCAACAUCUUAAGACAACAGUCAGGAAGUUAACGCUUGGUCGCAAAUGGGUCUUCCAAAUGGACAAUGACCCCAAGCAUACUUCCAAAGUUGUGGCAAAAUGGCUUAAGGACAACAAAGUCAAAGUCAACUUCCGACAUCAACUGUACAUGUGUCAAGAUAUCUCAUUGGUCUAAAUGUACAUUGAACCUGAUACUUGUUAUCUGGCAAUUGGCCCAAUUUUACUGCAAGGAAUCAUAAUUGGUCAAACACAGGCUAGUGUUGGGUUAUAAAUUACAUCCUGUAACUUUGGACAGGGAAGAAUGAAGAAUGAACAUCGACCUUCCCCUUCUCAGCAUAACAUCUAUGAUUCGUUCUAUUUUACUAAACUACUUUUUCUCCCCCUGAUUUGCUUUGGGUUUUGUGUUAUUGAAGAAUAACAUCAACUGCUAACACUAGUGAUGACAUGGGAGAAGAACAGGAGAACCAGGACACCUUGAAGUGAUCAUCUGUCUCUCUCUCCUCCAUCUCUGCCUCUGUUUCCCUCUAUACAUCCCUCCAUCUCUUUAUCACUCUCUCCUCCCUCCAUCUCCUUCAUACCCAUCACCACUACAAUGGUGUAAGACAUUGACGGGUAGUAAAACUACUACAGGUCCCCUUAACACAAGUCUUGAGGUCGAUGUUACGGAUACAGGUAUCCUGUGUGUGUGUAUUCUGUGUGUUUCUUUUCUCUCCUUCUCCCCUCACAGGUGGCAAUCAUCAUUCCCCAAUCAGUCAUCAAUCAGAAGACACACCUCCUCCUGUUUCCAUUACCCAAUCACAUCCCCUUUCCCUUGGUUUAAAACCCCAUUCAGUUGUUUUCUCUAGAGCUCGAUCUCUUUGUUUCAAUCUCUCUCUCUCUCUCAAUCUCUCUCAAUCUCUCUCAAUCUCUCGCUAUAUCUCGCUAUAUCUCGCUAUAUCUCGUUCUCUCAAUCUCUCUCAAUCUCUCUCAAUCUCUCGCUAUAUCUCGCUAUAUCUCGCUAUAUCUCGUUCUCUAAAUCUCUCUCUUUGGAUUGAGCUGUCUUUUGUUUUUGCAACUACAUGUCACUUUGUCCCCACCUGUGAAUAUUGUUUUUGUUAUGGUGUUUGACUGUUUGUUUGAUGGUGGGAAAAGGGGGUACCAAGACAAAUCGCCCAUAGGCAUACACUACCCGUAGGAAUACUUUGUAUAUAAACACUAGUUAGAACUGGGCGGACCACCCACUGUAUUGUUGGUUAGUUAGCUAGCUGUUCUUAAAGCACGUAGUCUAGCUUAGGGGUGUUUUUGGAUACUUAUUAUUUCUUUCCUUGGGUCCAGCUCAGCCCCUUUUCCUGCCCCCCUUUACCGUGUGUUUACAAAUAAACCAGGAG